AUGGUUCGCUCGCGUGUGCUUUCUUUCAUCUCGGCAUUCGGUGGCCCGUCGCGCAAAGACAACUCCGGAAAACACAAUCGAACAUCCUCGGCAUCCUUCACCCUCAAUACCUCGUCUCCUUCCCGAGUAGAGACGUCCUCUACAGAUACCCCUACUCCCCCCGAUGCCUCGCCAACGGGGUUCAGUCCCAUCGCGGAGCGCCGCGCAUCAAGGCCGGGAUCGGCUCUCUUCUCUCACAACCCUCCAUUCAUGGAGCUGUCGGGGGACACGCCCGCAGAGCUACAGCCGAUAUUCACCUACCUCAAUAGCCAUGCGAACAAGCUGUACCAUGAAGGCUAUUUCUUGAAGCUGAAUGAUCUGGAUACCCAUGGCCGACCUUGCGCCGAUCGCCAGUGGGUAGAAUGCUACGCCCAGCUUGUGGGAACCGCUCUCUCCCUGUGGGACGCUGCUGCGCUGGACGCAGCUGGAGAGGAGGGAGAAGUGUCUCCCACCUUCAUCAACCUGGCAGAUGCGUCGAUCAAAAUGAUUGAAACAUUGCCAACCCGCAAUCAAGCCACCCCGGCUCUGAAGAAUGUGUUGAGUAUUUGUUCUGCUGGCCAGAAUCGAUAUCUCUUGCAUUUCAACUCGUUCCAUUCGCUGACGCAGUGGACGGCCGCCAUCCGUCUAUCCUUGUACGAGCACACAUCCCUGUAUGAGGCUUAUACCGGCUCGAUUAUCGCCGGCAAAGGCAAACACCUGAACAAUAUCCGAUCGAUUCUCGAACGGAGCCGAUUCAAGCACGAGGACUGGGCCCGAGUCAGAUUCGGCGCCGGGACGCCGUGGAGGCGAUGCUGGUUUGUCAUUACUCCUCCAAAUGAGAAGGAGUUCCAGAAGGCCCAGAAGUCUCUUAAAAAGAAGUCUGCCUAUGAUAGGGCGCCUAAACUGGUCUUAGGAGAUAUCAAGUUCUACGAAACAAAGAAGACCAAGAAAGUCAAACCUAUCGCGACGAUAACCAACGCCUACAGUGCCUAUGCUAUCUACCCUCAAUCCAAACCCCUGAUCGACCAGUCGACUUUGGUCAAGAUCGAAGGCACCGUCACCAUUCAUUCGCAACCCGAAUCGACAUCGGAGGGGUUUGUUUUUGUCAUGCCAGAAGUACACCCGGCUGUUCCUGGAUUUGAAAUGAUGAUUAGGUUCCUCAUUCCCACCUUCGAUACCUUCAAUCUCUAUGGCCGGCCGACGCGUUUGAUUGCGGCGACAAAUCACAUCAAGAGCAUCAUGUUCGCCUUCCCCAACGAGCGUCGCUAUGGAUAUUUGGAUAUGCUUGAUAUUGCGGGCCUGAUGCAGACUCCUGGCAGCCAGAAUUGGAGCGAGGCGGAAUGGCGACAGCAACUCAAGGAGGCGACUUCGCGCAGAAUGGCGGCUGGUGGCAGCAGGACCAGCAGCAUGUCAGGAAGCAAGCCGCGUUUCCGCUCCAGCCUUCCGAACCGAUACAGCCACGUGCCCGGCGGACCAUCUCAGCGGGGAAUCAGCGCCAGCGCCACAUACCCUGAACGCCAGCCCGGUUUCAACCAAUCCACCGAUGCCAUUGUCCGUGAAGAGCCGGCGGAUGAGUCUUUCUCGCCCGCUUUGCAUUCGCGGGUCAACUCCGACAUUACCGGCUUGUCUCCCAUUAAGAAGCACCCGCAAGCGUCCUUUGCCGAGAGCUCGCCAUCGUCAUCUGCUCAGGAUGUCGCGCAGCAGGGCAAGGAGCGUCCCGGUACCGGUGAUUUCAAUGAUCAGAGCAGCUCUGAGGGUGACUCGAGGCAGCAGCAGCCGGACCCUCAAGCCGAGGCGAUUGGACAGCAGUUCCGGUCCCCUUCUCCUCCUUCUCCCGUUGUUAUCCCGCCCGCUUUCACGCACGGGCCGGGAGAGAUGCCUUCAACUCGACCGCAGCCUUCACCUGACCUGAGAAAAGCAAACCGAAUGUCAAAUGCCACGCUUACUCAACUAGUCGCCGCCUCGGGAAACAAGAACCUGCUCCGUACCGAUUCGCCGGCUGGAAGCCAGGGAUCGGCAUAUUCCCAUGAGCCGAGUCCGCAAGAAACGGUUCCCGAUAGUCCUUAUUUCUCAAACGAGGAGCGGAUUGACUUGGGUCCCAUAAUCUUUGACACCCCGGCACCACGCGAGAAUCGGACUAACACCCUCGCUAAAGCCAAUGGUCCAAACUUCCAACUUCAACUCCGCAACAGCACGAGAAGAAAACCACUGCCGGGUCAAAACAAGGAUCUCAGCAUCCCAAGCCCUGUUGGAGAGCCUAGCUUCGACGAUUUGCGUCACACGAUGGAUGAAGAUGCAUUCAACAGAAUUGGCGCGCACCCGUCGCUUCCUUCGCCUGAUAAGGAUACCCAAGAUUCAGAAAGUGUUUACGAUGAUGCCUCCACAGUGUCUCCAGAUUAUGCUAGCACCCGUGGAUCCGUCUACAGCAAACGUUCGGUAAAAUCUGCAGUGCGUCCCAGAAUGGGAGUGAUGAAGACGGUCGGAACGGCGCCAUCCAAAGAUGUGGUCAUCGGCGAUGCUCACUACUCCCUUGACAAGCCUCUGAAAGGAAACCCGGACAUUCCCUCGAUCGAUUUUGGGCCAACCCUCACGUAUCUGCCCACCACUGGACGUCCGAACACUUCUGACACGCUGAAGAACUUGGGUCAUCAGAGAAGUGAUUCUGACGUCACGGAAAGACAGCGUAUUUCCGUCCCCACGCAACCGAUGGAUCGCGCCCACUCACGAUCCCCCAGUCAAGAUGAGUACCGACGAAGUGUUCUGUGGCAGCCCGGCAUGGCCGGUGCCCGUCCCACCACACCGGGAGGCGGGCUUUCAGCUGAGCAAUUCGUGCAACAGAGGGCGGCACCCAACCCGCCAGUCCACAUGCACCACCGAAACUCAUCGACGUCGCCGCCGCCGGGGCGACCGGUAUCCGGUGACUGGACGGGCCAUUCUCGUUCCCAGUCUCAAAUGAACCUCGGCCGCGAUGGUCCCCCGCCGCGCCCCCAUUCUCGCGGUGCCAACAGCGUCAUGAAUAUGAAUGAUAUCUCGUCCCACCUGUCCGCGCGUGAGCAGGAGCACGUCGCUCGCAUGACCGGUUCCUCGUUCUUCAACAUUUCGACCGAAAAGAAGAAGCACGAGCCUCAAGUCAACCCUAUGGGCCUGGUUGGCGCGAUCGAUGCGCGGGAAAGGGAGAAAAAGGGCAUCAAGGAAGGAAUGUCGAACCAGAUGGUGCAGCAUGCUAUUGCGCAGCGCCAACAUCACUUCCAACACCAACAGAUGGCCCCGACACCUCAACCACCUUCUCACGAAACGCCCAACGCUCGUCAUAGCGUCUACAACAUUCCCACUGCAAGCCGCACUUGGGAUGCUCUGAACCAACCUUAUCGACCCGAAGAGCCACGUCGUCAGUCCUGGUACGGUCAGCUGGCCGCCGCUCAGCAGCCACAGGCGUAUCAGCAAAGUCAAAUGUUCAAUCAACACCCCAGCCACUACGGCAACCCUAACGCAAUGCCUUAUUGA